AUGGCCAACCCUCCCCCCGUUCGUCGGGGCUCUUCUACAGGCCAUCUACCUUUACCUCCACAACCGCUUGCGCCCGUGACCUCGACGUCUGGCAAACCUCCGCCGCCGCCGCCGCACCCGACCAAGACAGCUCCUCCCGAGAUCGAUAGUCCCGUGCAUCCGUCUCUUCUUCAACCCCGAGUCGCCGUCGUUCUCAAUGUCCCCAAGCCAUGGCACCCGUGGCUUUUUGCCCUGCGCCUCUUCUCUAUUCUGCCGGCGUUGUGGUGGGGAUUGCCUUCUGCGCUCCAACUACUGUUACGUGUCUUGCCAGGACCAGAGAUUGUAGUCGUUGUGCCUUCAACGACGGGAGGAUCUGUGGCUAUGAGUGUCGAGGCGGAUGCGCGGCUCAUCAAUUAUACCCCACAAGCGACAAUGGUUCGCCUGCUAACAACCAACUUCUGUAACGCAUAUCUCACUGCGUUUGUGCUCUCUUUCACGGGUGGUUUUCAAGACCCUCGUCUCCUCCUCCCAGGCUGGGUUGGCAUAGCCACUACUCUUACCAUGAUGUAUCACGUCACUCACCAAAAGAUCAACAUUCGCAAGGAGACGUCCACCUCUAUCAACGUCUUCUCCAUAGCUUGUUCCAUCACUAUGGUGACUCUGCUGGUACACCUUCACCAGUCCACACCUGACUACCCCCAGAUGCCGAUUGUAGCUUCUGGUCGGCGCGCCUUCGAUGAAGCAUCGCGCGUUAUCACUCAGAUCAGGGGAAGCAUCGAGCAGCAUGAAGACCUGUAG